AUGUACAAACUUGUUCUUCUUGCUUUUAUCCCAUGUAUUGUUGUUGCUUUUCCACCAAGACACGGUGAUCCAUUCAAUCCUUUAGGAUCCUGGCACAGAAGAGUGAGACCAACCAAAUCUCUUGUGUUCAAAAAGCCAAUGUUUUUCUAGGGACCACCAUGUGGACUUCCAAAAUUCAUCGACAAUUUGCCAGCCGAUGCUGCUGAAAAAGUCCGCUCAAUCUGGGCCAACUAUAAAGAGGGAGAUGAAUGUGAUACUGAGCACAAGUUGACUCGUGAAGUUGUUCAUGCUCUUCCAGAAGAGCAAAAAGAAAAAGUUUUCGCUGGAAAAUGCGGACCAACAUUCCUCCGUAACGUUUCAUCAACUGUCAGAAAAUCAUUCCGUGCUGUCUGGUUUGAUCAUCGUUUGACUUUGGAAGAUAAGGAAACUCAAUUGAAGAAGUUGGCUUAUUCACUUCUCACCGGUGAAUCGGUUAGUUGAUUUAUUUUUCAAAAUUUACCAGGUUUUACUCGUGGUGAAAAAACCAAAAAUCCAAUUUUUGCAGCUCGCCCUUUUCAACAAAUGGGAAGAAGAGCUCAAGAUCCGCAAAGAAGAACUCGCCAAGAAAAUCGAAACUCUCUCAUCAGACGCCAAAGUUGCCUAUGAGCAAUGGAAAGAGCUCCGUAUGAAGGUGAGAAGAAACAAAAAAACAGGUUCAACAAUUUCCGCAUUUUUUAUAGGAACGCAAUUUCCUCGCCGAGUUGCCAAAAGAGAUCAGAGAAGAAUUGAAAUCAAUCACCGGACCACAUUUCGGAGGAAAGAAGGAAGUUGAAAAAGUUGAGGAGACCACCACAACCACUGAAGCUUCAACAACAACUACCACUGAAGCCGCUAGCUCCACCACCGAAGUUGCUACAACUGUAGCUACCGUAAGAUUUUCACCUUUGAUACCAAAAUAAUUCGAUUUUUCAACAAAACAAUCAUAUAAAAAUUCUAGGCCGAAUCAACCACCACCGCUCAACCAAUCGUUGAAGAAAAGACCAAAGAAAAGGAAUUCGCCAUGUUCCUUGAUAUCCAAAUGCCAGAAGAAUUCAACUAUGAAGCUCAAUGCUCAUUCUACAAUUAA